CGCGAUAGAAUCGAUAUUUUUGCAAUUCUUCUGCAGCGCAUCAUGGCAAAAAUAUUCUAUUUUUAACGAUAUUCUCUGAUCAGUAUUAUUUCCUCGAUUUCGUUUGUAAACCAACGCCUGUUUGCUUUGGUGUGUAGUAUUUAGGUUAACGAUUUUUUCUCCAAUCAAUUAUUGAAAUGAUGGAAGAUACAGAAUGGACUGAGGCAUUGAAAAAAUAUGGUAUCAUCAAAGAUGAGCCAAAAAUUGAAGAACAAGAACCACCAGAAAUUGUUGAAACGAAAAAAUUUGAACCAUCCAAUAGUGAUGAUGAACUAGAAUGGCUUGAUGAACAUGAAGAUGAUGAUGAUUUUAUACGAAAUUAUCGUCAAAAACGUGUUAUGGAAAUGCAAUUAAAAGGAUCGAAAAAAUGUUUUGGUGAUGUAUUGGAAAUAAGCGCUGCUGAUUAUAUUCAAGAAGUGAAUAAAGCAGGCGAUGGUAUUUGGGUAGUACUAUUACUGUAUCGUCAAGGGCAUACAUUAUGUCGACAAUUACAAGAAUUUUUUAAAGAAUUAGCAUCCAAAUUUGUUGAGACGAAAUUUCUGAAAAGUAUUGCUACACAAUGUAUACCAAAUUUUCCAGAAGAUAACCUGCCAGCCGUUUUUGUCUAUCUGAAUGGUCAACUAGUCAAACAAUUGAUUGGACCGAUUGUAUUCGGUAUGGAAUCCAUCACCAAAGAAGAAGUUGAAUGGAUUAUAGCCAAAACUGGUGCCAUCAAAACAGAAUUGGAAGAAGAUCCUCGGAAAAAAAUGCAUGCAUCAAGAAAAUUUUAUCAAAAAUAUGAUUCCGAAGAUUCGGAUUGAAAAAUUGAAAUUUUUUUUUAAUUUUUUAUUUGUAAAAGAAUGAUAUAAAGAUGUUCUAAAGUUAUUAAUAUGAAAAAAAAUAAUCAUGUUUACGCCA